AUGGGGGAGAAAUCCAAGCGCCGGGCCGCGCGGCAGGAGGCGAUCAAGCCUGCGUGGGCUUUCUUCCUGGGGCUCGGUUCCGUUCUCCUCGUUUUCCAUUUUGUUUUCCGCGGCAAGGGUGGUCUGAGGCCGAGGGGAGCCCCCAGCCAGGCGCAGAUGGCCCGGGCCACCCUUGGUGCAGCACCACGGGCAGAAGGUGUCUCAGAAGUACCACCGGGAUUCACGGCCAUGCAGGGCCCGACGGAGGAAGAGCUGAGGCAGUCGACCUACGUGUACAGCGACGCAGGCUCGGACUGUCCCGCCGAUUUCCUGCGUCUCGUGGAGCCCGAGGAAUGCGAAAUCGCAGCGGAGAUGCUGCACAAGAAGUUUCAGGACAUGGACCCGAAAGUGGACACCGAAUUUCGCGGAUGCCAGUUCAGGGUUCCCGACAAUGACGUGCACUUCAACUCCAAGGAGGGCUCCGGCAAUCGCGACCGGAAAUCCAUCUGCCGGAAGCCGCCUGCAGCCGGUGCAGCACCGCCUGCAGUCGAUCUGAAUCCUGUGCCGUCGCCACCACCUGUUCUGGCUGCCGUGGCCGCUGUGAGCCAAGCGGAGCCGACCGUGGCUGAAAGGAGCACGGAUCAAAGAUACGUCAUGACCGAGACGGAGAGCAACGGCUGUCCUGCCGGACACACGGGUGUAGACAAACAGGAGUGCGCGACGGCAGCCAAAAGCUUCGACAAGCCCUUCCUCGAGGAAGCUGGACCCGCUGAGUUGGAUCCGAAGGGAUGCAUCUUCCGGGUUCCAGACGCCGACGUUUAUUUCAACACGGAGCCAGAGGGUGCGCCGCACGAGUCGCGCAAGGUCAUUUGCCGGGCACCCGGCGUGGCGGCACCCCAGGUCACUCAAGCAGCACCGGCCGCUCCUACAGGAGACUUUGUGCUGGCAGAUGCUGGUUCUGAUGCUUGCCCGGCUGGCUACAACAAGGUGCUGACACCCGAGGACUGCCAAGCUGGGGCGAAUGCCUUGGACAAAGCCUUUCAUGAGGCUUUCGAGGCAGAGUCAGACCCAAAAGGCUGCAACUACCGGCUCACUGACCAAGAUGUCUACUUCAACCUGCACCUAACAGGAGCUCCCCACCACAGCCGACAGCCUGUUUGCCAGCGAGAUGAGGGUGCUGCGCAAAGUCCCGCAACACCUGCCGCCGCAGCGAGCACCGAGCACAAGGACUCGGCCACGUCCGCUGCGGCCUCGGCCACCUCUGCUGCGACUCCGGCCAAAUUCGUCAUGGGUGAAGCCGACACCAACGACUGUCCACCCGGCAGCAAACCUCUCGAGGAAUCGGAGGAGUGUGAGAUUGCGGCGAGCAACCUCGGAAAGACCUACAUUGGAGAGGGCAACCCUGCCGAGAUGGACCCCAAAGGAUGCCAGUUCCGAAUUCCGGACCAGGACAUGUACUGGAACACGCACGAUACAGGUGCUCCACAUCCGGCUCGGCAGCCCAUUUGCCGUGAAGCAGUGACAGCGUGA